GUUGCCUGUUUUGGUGUUGACUGUUUGUGGUUGACUGUUUUCUUGUUGACAGUUUUCUUGUUGAUUGUGGUUGACUGUUAUCUUGUUGACUGUUUUCUUGCUGACUGUUUAUGGUUGACGUUUUCUUGUUGACAGUUUUCUUGUUGAUUGUGGUUGACUGUUUUCUUGUUGACUGUUUUCUUUUUGACCGGUUUGGUGUUGACUGUUUUCUUGUUGACUGUUUUCUUGCUGACUGUUUAUGGUUGAUGUUUUCUUGCUGACUGUUUUCUUGCUGACUGUUUUCUUGUUGACUGUUUUUUGCUGACUGUUUUUUGCUGACUGUUUUCUUGCUGACUGUUUUUUGUUGACUGUUUUGGUGUUGACCGUUUUCCUGUUGACUGUUUUCUUGCUGACUGUUUAUGUUUGAGUGUUUUCUUGCUUGUGUCGGCAGUCGUGGCCAAAGGAGGAUUCAGACAAUUUUCCGAACCUUCUGGUUGGUUUCUACUGUCCGAUAUUGUAGCACGCUAACUUUGUUUGGGCUCCUGAACGACACGGGGGAGCAGCGUCUGCCUCACAACCAAUCAGGUUAGAGGAGGUGGAGAACGGCUUUGUUUACAGUCAGAAAGAGCGGACCGCUCACAAAUGUUCAAAUGUUGACGACACAGACAUAAGAGAACACAGAGAUAUCGAUAUAUUACCAAAUAUCAUCAAUAACUAAUAACUAUUGACUGAUAUUAGAAGAUUUUUGUAUAAAAACCACAAAAUAAAAAGAUGCUUCUUUAACAGAUUCCUGUCUACUUCACCUUUAAGUCGGUUUUCUUCUCGUGGACCAGACUUCUUUCCUUAGACUAGAGAUCAGCUGGACUCUCUCAUAUGAACACUGAGUUCUUGUUGCUGAUGUGGAUCUGUGUGAGUCUGAGUGUGUUUGUUUUUUGCUGCCAUUCUUGGUCAGGACCCCCCCUGAAAAAGAGAUUGAUGAUCUCAACAGGACUAGUCUGGUUACAUCAAAUCAAAAAGACACACAACCUGCCUCCUGUCUUUGUCCUCUACAGAAAACCUGAUCCAGCUGCAGGACUCACAUCUGGGACAUGUAAGACCACAUGGAUCCAUGACCCAGACGGAGCGGUAACAUGACAUCCAGCAGAAACAGACACAAUAAAGACAAACAGACGAGGUGAUUUCAGUGACUCAGUUUGAGGAUUUUUAUGAUUUUUUUACCCACAAUCAGAGACUUGACCACAAUCUGAGCUGAGUCAGAAACAUCCAAACAGUCGGACUAAUAAAUGUGAUUAUUAUUAUUAGAGUGAUUGAAAAGCUCAUAACAACAUGUAGAUCUGUCCAAAGUCUGAUUCUAGAUGUCUUUACAAACACACUGAUCCAACAGAAGCAGACAGAAAUAUCCAUCGAUCACAUGAACACAAAUAUUCAGCAAACAGAGAAAGAAACAGAUCAUCUGAAGAGUUUUUGGGGACGACUGGAAAGACUUUAGACGCUUGGAUUUGGGACAGGAAAUAAGGUCGUCCUUUUUCUGUGAUUUUGACCUCACUUUUUUCUAAAGUCUCAGACCUUCAACAUCUGCACCAACUGAAGGUGAUUUGAACAAACCAUCAUCUUGAUGUUGUUGAUAUCAAACUUGAUGAAGAUUUUUCAACAUGAGAAAUACAAACAAUCAAAGUUCUCCACAAUCACUGUCCUUAAAGCUGCGACCAAAUCAGCAUCUUUAGAAAAGAAUCAAAAAGCUGAAAUGAAGAACUAAACCCAGAGUUUUUGGUGAGACUGAUCCACAAACAUUUACAAACCAGAACAUUUCAGGAGUUCAAGGAUCUCAGUCCAUGAUUUUGGUCUGAUGGACUCAAAAUUCUCUUUAGUUCACUUCUAUAAACUCAGCAGAGUCUUCAUCAGACCAGCCUAACAUCAGUCCAGCAUGUAGAGGUUCAGUGAAUGUGGUCUGGACUCUGUGGAGGAGAGUCAUGGUUUCAGAGACGCUGUAGAAGGACAGAAUACCUGCGCUGUGAUCCAGGUACACUCCUACUCUGGAGGACGGAGGACCUGAGACAUCAGUGAGGACGUUGUUGUGACCAAAUUCAUAUCUGUCUUCAUAACAGAGUAACCUCCAAGAUUUGUCAUUUUCUCCAAAGUAACAAUCCUCUGAUCUCCCGUCUCUCCUGAUAGUCUUGUAUGCGACUGCUACAUAAACCCCGACCCCUCUCCGCUCCACCUCCCAGUAACAACGUCCAGUCAGACUCUCUCUACUCAGGACCUGAAAAUAAUCAGUGAAUCUGUCUGGAUGAUCAGGAUAAGACUCUUCUUCUGCUGUCACUGUUGCUCUUCUGUUUCCAUCAGAUAAUGACAGCCAUCUGUAUGCUGUGUUUGGAUCCAGUGUGAUUCUUUGUGAAUAUCUUAAGAAACCAGCUCUGGUCUUGGGUUCUGCUGGUCCUGGUGGUUCUGACAGUAAAACAUCCACAUCAGUCACUGCCUGUGAGACGUUUGUCCACAUCAGAAGAUCCUGGAGUAUAUCUCUGACCUCUGACACAGCUGCUGUCACCUCCUCAAAGUAUCUCAGAGGACGGAUGUUGAUUCUGGAUGAGUCUGCAGGUUGACCCGGUUCUGACAGUGAGGGGUAGCUGUGCAGAAACUGGUUGUGGUCCUCUGUGAGUGAGAGCUUCUGCAGAUCAGCGUCUUUCCUCUUCAGCUCAGUGAUCUCCUGCUCCAGUUUCUCCUGAAGCUCUUUGACUCGACUCACUUCACCUUCCUGCUGGGAUCUGACCUGCUGCUCCACCUCAGAGCGGCGUCUCUCCAUCAGACGGAUCAGCUGGCUGAAGAUCUCCUGGCUGUGCUCCACAGCUUUAUCAGCAGAGCCGUUGAUAGCCUCCACCUCCUGUUGGAGCAGCUUCACAUCUUCUUCUCUGUCCUGGAUUCUCUGCUGGAUGUUUUCUCGACUCUCCUCCAGAUCUUUCUGCCUCUCAGUCCUUUCUGCUGCAGCUGAGACUGUGUCGUGGCCUUUGUGUUGGUCCAAACAGCAGAGAUGACAGAUGGACUUCUGAUCAGUGCGGCAGAAGAUCUUCAUCACCUCAUCAUGAAGAGAGCAGAUGUUCUCCUGGAGCUUCUUGGAGGGCUCCACCAGCUUGUGUUUCUUAAAUGUAGGAGAUUCAAAAUGAGGCUGGAGGUGAAUCUGACAGUAAGAAGCCAGACAUUGAAGACAGGACUUGACAGCUUUCAGUUUUCUCCCACUGCAGAAAUCACAGGCCACAUCUUCAGGUCCAGCCUCAGAGGAACCAUCAGGAGCAGCUUGGAGUCCGCUCUUCUUCACUUCCUCCACUAAACCUGCUAACAUGGUGUUUUUUAUUGGGACAGGCCUCGGUCUGAAGGUCUCUCUGCACUGAGGACAGCUGUAGAUCUUCUUCUCAUCCUCAUUAUCCCAGUAGGAUUGAAUACAGCUCAUGCAGAAGCUGUGUCCACAGGAUCCUUCAGAAGAUCCAAACAGAUGGAACAAGAGAGAGACUCACGGUCAAGAUGAACUCCUUUCUGUGCCAUUUCAACACUCGCUGUCGACGACGACUGACUGAGUUUUAUUUCCUGAGAAGUGAAACUAGUCUGAGCUCUGAUCUCAACAACAUGUGUGAGUCAGCAGGAUAUGACCUCAGCCGUCCUGAAGAUCAACUGAACCAACAUUUAUUCACCUCAUAGAAACCUCAUCGAGCAGAAACACACUUCAACUGUUUUAGAGCCACAGAGUUAAAGAGACAACAUAGAGAAACACUCUCUCUCUCUCUCUCAAGCCCCGCCCACAAACAGACGCUCCUGCCUCCUACUUCCGUUUUAAGCGCCCGUUAUUCCUCCAGAGUCUCCGGUAUUUACUUUGUUUUCUUGCUUGUGUCGGCAGUCGUGGCCAAAGGAGGAUUCAGACAAUUUUCCGAACUUUCUGGUUGGUUUCUACUGUCCGAUAUUGUAGCACGCUAACUUUGUUUGGGCUCCUGAACGACACGGGGGAGCAGCGUCUGCCUCACAACCAAUCAGGUUAGAGGAGGUGGAGAACGGCUUUGUUUACAGUCAGAAAGAGCGGACCGCUCAAAAAUGUUCAAAUGUUGACGACACAGACAUAAGAGAACACAGAGAUAUCGAUAUAUUACCAAAUGUCAUCAAUAACUAAUAACUAUUGACUGAUAUUAGAAGAUUUUUGUUAAUACACCACAAAAUAAAAAGACGCUUCUUUAACAGAUUCCUGCCGACUCCACCUUUAAAUACACUGAUGGCGCCGUCUCAGACAGGAAAACUGAAGUUAGGUUUGCGCCGCACUUUGUUAAACUUAAAUGUUCUUAAAAUAUGAUGUAGAAAUAAAGCUGAUCAGAUUCUCCUCAGCUCCAUCACCAGAGUCUAGACUCAAAGACCAGGACUUCAGUUUUACUCCUGCUCCUCUCGGAGGUCACUGGGCCGAUGAUUCUGCUGCAGAGCAUCAGCUCGUGUUUCUGGUAUCUGGAGGUUUUUACUUAGAGUCACGUGAUUCUGUGAAAUGUUUGAUGAUCAGGAAGUGAUGGGUUUUAAGAUACAUGACCACUUCCUGCCUGAAACUGUGACACCUCUUUAGAAGAGCCGAGUACAAACGUUCACACGAUGUUUGACAGCAGACAGACACAUUAUAACUUCAUUUAUUAUAUUAAAGAUGUAAAUCCAGUUAAACUUCAGUGUUUCAGAGUUUACAGCAUUGGUAGUUUGACUCCAGUCUACGCUCAUGUGUUUGUUUGUACUCCGUCAUCAUGUGACUUUGUGUCUGCAGCCGUCACCUCAGAGGACUGACACCAGAUCAGGUGUCACAGCGGGCGCUCGGCCUUCGUGUUAUUUGAUCACAGUGGAAAUUCGUCCUUGAUUAAAGCACUAAUCAGAGAGGACCUCGCCCAGAAGCAUGAUGGGAAACGGGCCAGGUGGUUAGCAGGAGUGUGUCACCUUGAGGGAUGAGAGAGAGAGAGAGUGAUCAGCUGAAGUUAAAGUUUCAUUUCAGAUCUGAAUGGACAUAUUUUCAGGCCUCAGUGUGCAGUUAGAUCAGGGCUCUGUGUGCAGCUUCUAUUAUAGAAAGUGACAAAUAUUCUUACAGUGUAUUUACACACACACUGACACACACUGACACACACACUGACAUGUCCCUCCAGGGUGUGAUCUCUAAAAUCUGACAACAGAAACCUGAUCAGUGAGUGUGAAUGAAGCUCCAAACCUCUGCUGACACUCGGAGGAUUUAAAUAAGGGUCUGGACUUUACACCCAAAACCACCGAGUCUCUGAUUACAGGCGGACAGGUGAGAGACCACACCUGUCUGUGUGAUCAUCACCGUCUCACAGGGUUAAAUGGACAUCUUUAUAUUUAUAAUGACCAAUGUGUGUUUUUAUGUUUGACUGUUGAACCUUCUCGUGGAUUUGACUUCAUCCUGCUGGUGUCUUUAUUAAUAUAACUACAACACAGAGUCCCACCGACCCAUGUGACUCUGAUCAUCUUUUUAACUGAAAAAAUAACAAACACACAGAGAGAGGUUUACAUGACCCCAAAUAUUCAUUUAGAGUUACUUUACAUACAUGUAUAAACUAUGAUUUUUGUCAAAUUGUAUAUUUUUAAGUUCAUCCAAAGUUUGACCAAUCAUUUCUCAGGAAUCGUGCUCUUGGCUUUAAUACUCAGAGUUCAAUACUUCAGAAUUAUUAAAAUAAACCUAGUAAAGUGCACCGAUACUAGCCUACAGUGAGAAUAUGAGAUUAUAAAAUACAGAUGAUAAUCAUUAAACAAGAAAUUAUAAUAAUAAAAAUACUUCAGCACACUCUAUGAACAUCAACUUAUAACAGUUUCUUUGAUAAAGUAGGUUAACAAUAAUAAUAAUAAUAAUAAUAAUGAUAAUACAUCAGAUUUAUCAGAGACCCUCAGGUUUAAAUAUUGUGCACCGAUAAAAGACGAGCUUUUUCGAGUUUAGCUGAAGUGACGUACCUCUACUCCAACUCCCAGAAUGCUUUGUGGCUUCCCUUCGCGCUUGGCUGGUAUGACGGACGGUUCUUGUUAGCAGUAUUCUUGUUCUUUUACCUCUGUGGACUCCUUAACGCUUCUUCUUUAAUGAUGUAAUUUGUUCUUAUGAAGACAAGAAAACGAUGUAAAAGGUAAGACAGGGCUGCUUUAGGGUAUUUAAAACGGGAAAAGCCGGUAUUACGGUGCCGAAACUGUAAAGUUUUGUUAGCAUGUUAAGUUGCUGUCUGACUGUCUCCAUGGCAACGGGCUCUUUCAUCCGGGUACUCUGGUCUCUGUAAACAGGGGGAAAUAUAGUGGAAGAAACGGUUUAAAAUGUGAAAAAUAUCCUUAAAAAUGAAACAAAACAUCAAAAUUCACUGACAUGAAUCUCAUUCAGUCAACACUCGCGUUUUCUGCCUUUUGUUUUUGACUGUUUUUACUCUUAGUACGAACAAAAAGUCGAGUAGCAGAGAAAUUAUUCAGGAAAAUAAUGAAUCAACAGUUCGAAUUAGCUUCCUGCACCUAUAAAAUCAGCGUUUUUCACCUUUAUUUCUUUGUAUUUAACUAUCAUGAUCAUGAGAUAAAAAUCCUUUUCAUAAUUAUGAGCUAAAGUCCAAACUGUAUGAGAAAGGAACCAAUAAAUUUCGACUAAAUGAGUUUAAAUGUUGAAAUAAAAGGAGAGAAGGUCAGUUAUAGGGUGAAUAAAAACGUUAGAAUUUAGAAAUAAUAGAUUUAUUGUUUUUCCAAUAUCUUUGAUCAAUCAUUAUUAUGUAUUCAUUUACAUUUUUACUGGUGGAAAAUGGGUUUCCUGAUGAUCUGUGAAGUAUUACACAGAGACAAGGCUGUUUUUUUUAAUUUUUUUAUUAGAUUUUAGCCCAGCUGUAUGAAAUCUUAAUGGGAACAUCAUUUUAUUCAUCAGAUAAUGACUGCAGCCUGUUUCCUGUUUCCUGUCUCACUCCUUUAAAAUGGUGUGUAAAGCUCUGUAAUGGUGGUUCUCUUGUUACAGGUGUUACAGGUGUUACAGGUGUUAUGAACAACUAUGAGGUCAUCCGUCAGAUUGGCGAGGGAGCGUUCGGUAAAGCCUUUCUGGUUAAAGAGAAAGGUGGAGGUGGAGACAGACGAUGUGUGGUCAAACAGAUCAACCUCAGAAAGGUACAUCUGCAGCUUUAUACAAAUAUAUUAUUAUACUGUUUUUUAUCAUUCUGAGGUGAUGAUAUUUUGACAUCAUUGCUGAUAAACUUUGUCAUUUCUGCUUAGAUGAAAAUGUCAAAAUCUAACGCCGUUCUGUAUAAAACCAAAGAUUUACUUUCACAAAAAGACUUCAAGUGAUCGAUGGUUUGAUCGGAGGUUAAUCUUUCGUUCAGAUGUCGGCGAAGGAAAAGGAAGGAUCGAAGAAAGAGGUGACUCUGAUGUCCAAGAUGAAGCACCCAAACAUCGUGACCUUCAUCACCUCCUUUCAGGGUAAGAGUGGAAGUGUUUGUGAGCCGUCAUGAGUGUUCGUCAGCAGGUCAGUGUUUACUGUCUGUUCACAGAGAGGGGCAGUCUGUACAUCGUGAUGGAGUUCUGUGACGGAGGAGACCUGAUGAAGAAGAUCAGCAUGCAGAGAGGCGUCCUCUUCACCGAGGAGCAGGUACACACACACACACACACACACACACACACACACACCUCUCUCACAUCUAUCAGAACCAAAGUCAAAGUGAAGGUGUUAUCCGUGUUUUCAGGUGGUCCACUGGUUUGUUCAGAUCUGCCUCGCCCUCAAACACAUCCAUGACAGGAAGAUCCUCCACAGGGACAUCAAAGCUCAGGUACCAGAGCCGCUCCGUGUCCAGAUACAGACACCAGGAUCAGCUUAGUCCAGACCCAGGUCCAUGAAGAGUUGACAGAGACAGAAUUUGAUGGUCUGCAGAUCAUGACGGGCGUAUAUUUGAUUAAAAUAGCACAUAAAAGACACGGAAUAGAGGAUCAUUUUAAUUUAAAGAGGGAACAACCAGAUCCUGGUCUCCUGGGUUGACUCAGGUCUACAGAGACAGUGUUUGGAUGGAAUGGCUGAAGAUGAAGGGUAGUGUAGAUGCAGCAGCACAGCUAUGUAAACCUGUGUGUGAUUAACGACAUGAUCCACAGAGACUGAGGUUAAGACUUUUAAUGAACAAGUGUAAUCAUCACAGAGCGCCGAGGACGCUCCGCUCCGUCCUGAACAAAGAGCUCCCUGUGAGCCAACUCCCAGAAUAACUCCGACUGACCACAGACUGCUGCUCUGUUCACCGCCGUCACUAUCUGUCAUCACACACACACACUCACACACACACACACACACUCUCACACACACACUCGUCCUGUCAGUAACACAGACAUGCCUUCAUCCCUCUGCUCUCCCUCUGGUUUAGAAUAUCUUCCUCACCAACGGAGGGAUGAAAGCGAAGCUGGGGGACUUUGGAAUCGCAAGAAUGUUGAAUAAGUGAGUCAGUGUCAUCUUCACACAAACACACACACAUGCUCUCACUCACACACACACACACACACACACGCUCACACGGUGCAGCUGUUUAUCACUGAGCGCUCUGUAACACAUGGAAGACCUCCAAACAAGUCAUUAUCAUUCCACACACUCGACCCGGACACGUAAACACACAUGACGGUCCGGGUCGAGUCCACACACAGGAUCAGAUCUGAGUCCAGUGAAGAUGAAGACGAAGACGAAGACGAAGACGGAGACGGAGACGAGGCUGAGGACGAAGAUAUUCAUGAAGUUAUCUUUCAGAUAGAGUCACAUCCACAGCUGCAGAGAACUUAGAUACUGCAAUUAAAGGACAAGUCUGCAGAUUUUCAGCUCUCUCUCUCUCUCUCUCUCUCUCUCUAUAGUGUACAGAGUGUCUGCAGUUGUUGCAGGUGUGCAGAUUAUUAACUGCGGUUUGAGGUUGUUGGUUUUCUGGGAGGAUCUCAAACUUAAAACUUUAUAUUAACCACCAUUAAUGAUGAACCACAAGCACAUUCAUUAAAACUUACUAAGGAUUUAAAAUAAUUCUUAUAGGUGAUUAAAUCUUUUAAAAUAACUAACAGUGAUGUUUAUGAGGCGUGAUAAACAGUGAACGUAAUGCCUCAUGAAUGUAUAAAUUAUUAUUUGUUAUAUUUUCAUUUAAGACCACAGUGUCUUUUAAUUUUAGGUAUUAAAUCAUAUUUUAACUUCAACAACUUCAUUCAGGGAACAAACCCUCAGAGCUAUUUUUACUAAAAAAUCUGUUUUAUUUCAACAAAAAAGGAACAUUUGAAGAUCAUCUAUAAGGUGUACAGUCUGUCACGGUCCGGAGGUAAACAAAAAGAGAAAAGACCCCAAAAAAAGAUUAAUUUAAAAAAUAAAAUAAAGUAGAAUAAAGCAACAAAAAGAGAAAAAAAAACCAAAAGACAAAAUCACAGAGAGCAACACAGACACACACACACUGACAGACACACACACACUGACAGACACACAGUGAACAAACCAGGACAGAGGAGAAGACAGAGACUAAAAACACACACAGGUGAACGAGCGACAGGUGAGACAGAUGAGUGAUUAACGAAGGAGGGAAAACUGAGGAAGUAAAACUGGAGUAUAAACACAAGGAAUCAACUCCUACAAAAUAAAACAGGAAAUAAACACUGAAAACUGAUCUAGAGAAUAAAACACAGAGAACAGGAGAGAAACAGAGUCAGACUGAGAACUCAAAAGACUGGACUACAGGGGGAAAUAGACUUAAUUAACAAAACCAGAGAAAAACUAAAUUACCAGAACACAUCACGACACCGCCUGCCUCAUUAAAAAUCCACACUGAGUAAACUUCCACAAAGAAAGCUCUUUAAAACUUGGACAUCGAAAUUUCCUGUUCUAUAUAUAUAUAUAUAUAUAUAUAUAUAAUAUAUAAAGUCUAAAGAUCUACAAAGAUAAAUCCUCAUUUAUUUUGAGUUUGAUUUAUUUCAGAGAUAAUUUCCCGACAUGUUCAGGAGGAUUUCUGUCUGCUGGAUUCUUCCAUCAUGAGCUCAUCUUCAGACUCAAACUUGUUUAGUCUCUCCAUCGAACACAAACCCGGCCCGUCUCUGCUCGUAUUUAAACUUUGAUUGAUUAUUCAGACAAUGGUGUCCCUUCAGUUCAGCUUCAACAGUUUAUGUUUGUCUCUUUCCUGUUUGGACGUCUCAGUGCAGACGGCUCACAGAGUGACCCGACUCUUCAGACUGCAGCUUCAUUAACAUGCAGGCUUCCAGGGUCCAUCUUUGUGUUUCACUCUUUAACAGAGAGCUCUGCCUCUCUGCAGGGAUCAUUUCUGAGCCCGUCAGAGACCAACACAACAACGUUUAACACACACACACACUGUGACCCAGAAAGGAUGAGAGAGAGAGAGAGAGAGAGAGAGAGAGAGAGAGAGAGACUGUUCACCUGCUGCAGCUUUAACUCGUCUGUCAGAGCAGAAAAGAUCCAAAGACAAAUAACUAAUCAUAACAGAUCAUACAGGGGAAUGAUAAGAGAGCUCCAUCAGUUGUGAAGAAAUGCUUUAUAAACUGAACUUCCAUUUCCAAAGGAGAUAUUCCAUCCUCCUUGGUAAUAAAAUGACCUUAUUUGUCUUUCCUGUGUCUGUUUAGCACCAUGGAGCUGGCCAGGACGUGUGUGGGGACGCCAUAUUACCUGUCCCCGGAGAUCUGCGAGAACCGACCGUACAACAACAAGACGUACGUCCAGAUCACAUCAGUCUGCAGACACACAACCAUGAAUGCAUGUUACACUUAUUUAUGUUUAUUAUUAUUAUUAUUAUUAUUUUAUUAUUAUUAUAUUUAUUUUAUUAUUAUUUAUUUAUUAUUAUUUUAUUAUUAUUAUAUUUAUUUUAUUAUUAUUUAUUUAUUAUUAUUUUAUUAUUAUUAUAUUUAUUUUAUUGUUAUUUAUUUAUUAUUAUUUUAUUAUUAUUAUAUUUAUUUUAUUUAUUAUUAUUUUAUUAUUAUUUUAUUAUUUAUGUUUUCCUUUUUUUGAAUGAUCAUGGAAAGUCAGAUCAGAUCACAGACACAGUGUGAAGUUGUCGUAUCGUAUCUUCUUGUGUGUUACGGUCACACCCGCACUGUUGGAUUAAAGUUUGUCUGUCGCCCUGUCGCAGAUGUCUUCAGUCUCAGUUUGACGGCGUGCUCAUUAAUAUGUUUUUAUCUCUACAACAUGUUGAUGUUCAGACGUUUCUUCUGCAUGAACUCCUCAAACUUCUCCGUCAGUGUGGAGUCCACUCUGUACGGUGUUGAUGUUGUUUGUAUGUUUGAGAUGAUACUGACGGCGUUGGAGUUGUUUGUUUUCCUCCGCUCUCAGUCCCUGCUGGGUGGAGUCGUCUCCUUGGGUCAGUUCAGGGAGUUUCCCGUAAACUGUGGGCUGCAGAAACAAAGCGGGGGUUAAAUUAGACUGUCGAUCGUUCUGAUAGUCAUUAAACUGUUCGCCACACACGGCGAGAAACAAAACAAACUACAACAAACCACAGAGAGCAGAAAAACAAGAGCUGAAAGAUCAACAACAACGUCCUGAACAGCUGAUCGUCUGAGCUGUAGAGUCAUUGAUUUGUGAUCAGUUCCUCCAGACGUCAUCCUGAUCAGGUUGUGAGAAACUGUGAGCCGACCUUUAAAUACAUGUAAAGCCCGGGAUGGAGAGCUGUACAACUAAAGCAAGCUGAAGUUUAGUCUUUGAACUGAGGGUCUGGUUGUAGGAGUGAAGUCGAUGCUUUAAGCUACUGAGAUGUUUGACCUGGAGUAACCUGGUUGACACACCGCACUACUAAGUUUCCCCGUGAGUUGUGAUGAUCAGUGAAAGUCCGGACGCUGUUCCUCAGAUUAAGGAAACGUCUGUGUUUGCGCCACGACGGUCAAAAACACAACAGUGAGAUGACUACCUUUAUCUCUGAGCCCCCUGAUAACAAGACAGCGACACCUAAGGCACACAAAGUGAACUGCAGCUCAUGAUAUGGUCUUCCAUCAACAUAUUUGUCUCCUCCACUGGUCCAGUCAGGGAGUUCAGACGAACCCUGAUCCUCUGAUGAGUUUGGAGUCGUGAUCAUCUCAGAGUUUUUAUCGUCCUCCUCUUCCUCUGUCGCUCCUCUUCUCUCUUGUUUUGGGAACAGCUGAGGUCAGAGGUGUCUCCUCUUUCCCACACUCACAAAAACAUGUUUAAUGCGCUGCUUUAGUGAGACCCUCACUGACAGGAUCCGACCCUGGCACAGUUUUAACCCUUCGAGCAUGUCUGAACUCUCAAACACUCAUCUACGGAGGAGAAGGUCCUCGUUCUCAAGACCCAGAACAUCAGUGGGACCUCACAGAGAUAGAGAAACAAGAGCAAACACACAACCACAUAGUUGGUCUCCUGCCAAAAUAAGCUAAAGCCAGAAGCGGCGUUUUUACUCCAGGACCUGAAACCUCUCAACCUUCGGUCAGCAGAUGUGCUCAGAUAGGAAACUCCAACGCUCGGGACUUUAACGUGACGGGUUUGUUUCUGCUGGUUUUUGAGGGCUGUAGCUCAGGGGAAAAGAGGAUAAUGAGAAGCCCCGCCCCCCUCCAUCCUGUUCCAACAAGAAAUAUGUCGGGUUACACAAGACGGCGCUCAGAAAAAACGGACUUUAAAGAAACAAGAAACACUCCCCGAACGCUCCGCAGAGCUGCAAAACAAAAACCAUGAAACAGAGUCAGAGAGGAGGGAUUUCACAUUUCAUUAACAAGUGUGUGUGUGUGUGUGUGUGUGUGUGUGUGUGUGUGUGUGUGUGUGUGUGUGUGUGUGUGUGUGUGCGCGUGUGUGUGUGUGAGUGUGUGUGUGUGUGCGCGCGCUCUCUCUGCAGGGAUAUCUGGUCUCUGGGAUGUGUCCUGUAUGAACUCUGCACCCUGAGGCAUCCAGUGAGCUGCACCACACCCAUCAGAACAUCAGCAGCUGCUCCACACACACACACACACACACACACACACACACACACACACUGAGCUAAUUUCUCUGCAGAGGGAGGAUGAUCCUGAAUAUCCAUCAAACUAACUCCUCUCUGCAUCUUUAGUUUGUCUGAGUUUUAGCAGUUCUUCAGCAGCAGGUUCCUUUAAAACACAAAAUAUAAAACUAUAUAAAUAUAUAUAUGUGUGUAUUUAAAUAUUUCUAUGUAUAUUCAUGAGAAAAGAGAGACAUCGAAUCUAAGGACCAUGUUGACCUAAACUCAUGCGUUCACCUGCAGUUUGAGGGCAGCAGUCUGCGGCAGUUGGUCGGCAAAAUCUGCUGGGGGCGCUACAACCCAGUCCCCACCCACUACUCCCACGAGCUACGCCUGCUGGUCACUCAGCUCUUCAAGGUCAGACACACACACACACACACUCACACACACACACACACUCACACACACUCACACUUCUUAGUGUUUUUAUUUUUCUGCACAGAGUGAAGAUUUUCAUUUUUAACGCUGCGACAGACACUGACGAUUUCAGAAACAAAAAACAUCCAAAACAGAAUCAUCCAAUCAGAAUCAAGAGUUUAAGAUAAAAGAGAUUAGAAAAAAAAGCUUUAAAAAAAAAGAAUUUGAAAUAAAAGAGCCUAAAAGGAAAGAACUUAGGAUAAAAGAGCUUUAGAUAAAAGAUCUUAAGAUUAAAGAGCUUAAAGAAAAGAGCUUACCGCAAAAUAAUAAAGCGAAGUCUCUCUUCAGCGAUCCUGUUGCUGUGGGCGCCCCCUGCAGGCCUGAAGCACCUCUGUUUUAAGGACAGAAUUUGCAGCAUUUUUCAUGUUUUUAAUGUUUAAUCUGACUUUUACAGUUUUCAUUUGCAGCCUGUUUGAGGUCUUUUUGUCUUUUUGCAGCUUUUUCUUCAUUUUCAUCAAACUUUAUAAACAUGUGUUCUGACUUUAGCGCCUGUUUUUGAGUUUGUGUCACCUGGUUUGUUUGUUGUUCAUGCAGGUGAUUCAUCUUAUUGAUUUCAUGUUUCAUUGAUUUUGGACUUUAGGCCUCUGAGGUUAGGAUCGGUUUUCUUUAAGGAACCCAAAAGCAGGUAGUAGAGGAGGUUUAAGUGACUUUAUUUACAAUCACUCUUGGGUUUGCAGUAGUUGUUAGAAUUUGGCCGUGACCCCACUGUGAGAGCAGGAACAGUCUGAAGAUGAUCGGUCUUCAGAGCUGAGCUUUAAAGCAGGUGGUGAUUGGAUGAUCAGGAGCAGGUUUGGAGGUUCAGGAGGAGCCAGUGCUGAUGUUCAGUCAUGACAAAUGGACCCUAAUUAAGUUUAAUUGGCAGCAGGAGUGAGUGUGGAAAAUGUCCACCUGUGUGAAAUGAACAAAAACGAAGAAAACUCAAAGAAAACUUGAUUUAGAAACUGUUCUGAUAUUUUAAUAACCACGUGGUUCAGUCUAAAGUUCCUCUGACGUCUCAGUGAUUUUAACACAGUCGUUGUUUUUAGUAUUUUCUUCUUUCUGAGUUUCUGAGUUUAAACUGCAGAGUAAACACUUUGAAAGAGGAAACAUAAAAUUCAGACUCUGAGGAAACUGUAGGAGCAGCUGUGGAGGAUGUGAUCCUGAGCCCAACACGAGGAAGCGCCCAUUGUCUCAGGCUGCUGAUCUGAACACACACACACACACACACACACACACACACACACACACACACACACACACACACACACACACACACACUCUAACAUGUUUACAGGAACUUGUACAGCUCCAAACAGACAGUUAACUCCAGGCACAGUAAAUAUUCCUUUUAAAAACAUGUGUUGUAUAUUUUUAAUGACUUAAAUAGAAUUUAAUUGUGUCGUAUCAUUUAUAGUAAAAUGCCGUAUUUAUAGUAAAAGAGGAACACUAACACUUUAGUCUACAGUCAGUUUUACAAACCAAAGAUCCACCAGCAGAAACCUUUGGUACUGAAAUGUAAAGAUGAUGCAGAAGUGCUUUAAACUGCAGUUCCAUGAAUGUCCACUAGAGGCAUGCUGGAGAAGCCUGUAAACCACAUACACACCCAUUUUAAAAAAGCCCAUCUCUGUGAACAGACGGCUCAUUUCUCUCUUCAGGGAGUGAAUUUCUUUAUCAGGCUUCAGCUUCGAUGACGUUCAGGUGACGAGUUUGACAGAAUCAGAGGAACAGCUGAGUCGACUGUUAGUCAGGAGGUUAACGGCCUCAGCUCCACCUGUCCGCCUCCUGAUAGGUGGAGCUGAGAGUUAGGUGGUCAGCUCUCUGAGUCCACCUCAGAAACCCAGAGUCCUGUCUCUGAGACCAGGUCCAGGUUCUAGAGUCUAGGGUUGAUGGUCACUUUAAACAGAAUGUCUGCCUCUGGUUUAGGAUUUUUUGGGGGGGCUGAACAGGUUCUGGGGAGCGUGGCCACCUUCUGGCUCCGGCUCUGACAGCAACACUGUGUUUCCAGGUGAACCCUCGGGACCGCCCCUCAGUCAGCUCCGUCCUCAGGUGUCCCUUCCUGGAGAAACACAUCAGCAAACACCUGGACCCUCAGGUAACCAGUCCAGAGAACUCAGUUUUUAACCUGCUGGGUCAGAAAAAAAGGACCUUUCACCGUCCAGGAAAUUAAAUCUUUAGCCGAGGAGCCCAACACAGACGUUGGAAAUAUCCAUGUGGAACACAAAAGUUGUUUUUCUAAAACUGAAUUUAAUUUGUUCACUGAUUAUUAAACCUCCAAAGUCACAGAUGUCCCUUUAGAGCCCUGGGACAAGUGAUGGCGAUAAAACAGACGCUUAAAUUCAUUUCAUUGUGCCGUUGACGCUCUCCCAACCAAACUCUAUGGUCUAUGGUCGACUAUGGUCAGUCGGCCGUUUUGCAAUGAAUUCUGCAUCUUAGCACAAAUCUUUCCUUCUGAUUUUCAAUAAUUCUAAACUGUCAAAAGCAAAAGAGAAGAAACUCCACAGUCCUGAUCAUCCUGGUGACUCUGAAGGGAAAAAGCAAAAGUUUCACCCUCUUAAAUUUAUCACCAAAGUUCUUCCAACGACUCAAGAAUGUAUUUAAUAGAAAAACAACUUUUGUGUUCUAUAUGGAUAUUUCCCAUUUCUGGUAAGUGGCUGCAAAGCUUUAGUAUGUCCAAAGGAAUCCUCAAAGUGAGCUAAGCCUCUCGACUAUCCCUCUAACGAUGUUCAUACAUGUUGACUUUAUAUCGAAGUGUGAAGCUUUAAAGGUCGAGGCAGAGAAACGGCGCUGAAGCAGCUCGUCAGAAAACAACUUCAAAACCUGUUUUUAAAAUGAUGCUCUGAGUUUGUGACGAUAUUCAAAUCAGCUGUAAAUGAGGGCAGAAAAAGCAGAUGUAAAUGUGCAGGUGUGUGUGUGUGUGUGUGUGUGUGUGUGUGUGUGUGUGUGUGUGUGUGUGUGUGUGUGUGUGUGUGUGUGUGUGUGUGUGUGUGUGCGUGGUUUCCUCUCCAAGCAGCUGAUGCAGGAAGAGUUCAGCCACACGGUGCUGCAUCGGCACAAAGCUGCAGUGUCUAAAAAAAGACCCACAAACACAGCAGGUAACACACACACACUCACACACACACUCACUCACACAACCAUAAAUGUACAAACAAAACAAACACAACGAACACGACACAGAUGAAGAUUUCAGAGCAGCAGAGGGAGGAGAAGGAAGAGCGCUCAGUUCUGUGGAUUGUAGCGCCUCUCGGUGGUCGUUUACAGAAAGACGAUUCCUGGUGUUAUCUCAUCAGUCAACUCUGAUGAAAACAGGACUUCCUCCUGAUUGGUCGGACCGUCACAGCAUCAUGUUUUGGCAGACUCCAUGUUUGUGUAACAUUAGGAGAAACAGUCAGAGUGUGUCAGAGUUCAGUCUCUGUCCUCUCAGGGAGAUCGCCGUGUCUCUGCAUGUUCCACAAAUCCUCUCUUCUUCCAACAAUAAAACAAAACCCUCAGCUGUCACAGACUGAGUCCAGGCGUCCAAAAAUGAUCUGAAAUAAAGAAAACUGCUUUAAAAAAGGGUCUGGAUUUACAUUGACGUCUAUGAACCAGGUCCUGAACAGGGAACUUAGAGCACUUGUAGACCCCUGUACCAGAUCUUCAGAUAAAAUAGUUUCAUCUCAUUUAAUCUCAUUUUCUUUCUGUGGAUUUUUAUUAUCUUGUUCUCUUUCUCCAGAGAAGAUCCAGAAGUCCAGAUCUGCAGAGAGACCCAGGGUCCCCGUUAGAGGACUUCCUGUUAAACCAGAGAGUAGAGUCCCUCUGAGAGCGUACAGUCCAGCUCAGCACAGACUCUUUACAGUAAGAUUACUUCAUAUGAAACAGUCACACUCUUAUCUUUGUCAUGUAUAUAUGUUUGAUGACCUGUGGAGCUCUUAAAGGGAUAUUCUGUCGUAAAAUUAAUUUAGGGUCAAACACACCGUAACGUCGUCACUAAAGUUGGUAUAACGAGAGAAUCAAGCGGUUGACAACAUUCAUCUGUGAAGGGGGGGUCUACCUCAUUGUUACGGUGGGUUUGACCCUGACUUAAUUUUACAACAGAAUAUCCCUUUAAGGACAGACUUUAUUAAUAUCAGAGUUUAUUAAACCUACUCACGUGUGUGUCUGUGUCGAUGAUUUCAGCCUCUUCAUCAGAGAUCUGCAGAGAGACCCAGAGUCCCCGUUAGAGGACUUCCUGUUAAACCCGAGAGCAGAGUCCCUCUGAGAGCGUACAGUCCAGCUCAGCACAGACUCUUUACAGUAAGAUUACUUCAUAUGAAACAGGACACUCUUAUCUUCAUGUGUUUAUUAAACUUACUCAUGUGUGUGUCUGUGUCCAUGAUUCCAGCCUCUUCAUCAGAGAGCUGCAGACUCAGAGGACCUCAGGUGGAUCACACUCUUCUUCUUCUUCUUCUUCAUCCUCAGUUCUCAGACUUGUCGGGCUUCAUUUCUGUCUUUUCUUCUUCUGUUGCAGGUUCAAGCAGCUGCAGCCGCUCCGUCACUAUCAACUCUGUCAAGUCCAGUGUGAACCCUCACUGAUGAUGAAGGAGGACGUCCUUCUUCUUCUUCGUCAGGACAGAGAGAGGGAGCGGCAUGAAGCUCCUGCAGAGCCGUAUCAGAUGUGAGGGACAGUUUCUGCAGAGAGAGACCAUGAACAUCAGUUUAGAGAUUCAUUCAUCAAGUCAACAUUUAUCUGGAUUAUUAAGGAGAUGAUGUUUUUAUACAGAUUAUUAUUAAUCUGACUUCAGAGACUUUCAUCUGAGCAGUACGCUUCAGCUCUCACCUGUACCUGUACUCUCUCUCUCUCUCUCUCUCUCUCACCUGUACCUGUGCUCUCUCUCUCUCUCUCUCUCUCACCUGUACCUGUGCUCUCUCUCUCUCUCUCUCUCACUCACCUGUACCUGUACUCUCUCUCUCUCUCUCCUCUCUCUCUCACCUGUACCUGUACUCUCUCUCUCUCUCUCUCUCUCACUCACCUGUACCUGUACUCUCUCUCUCUCUCUCUCUCUCUCUCUCUCACUCACCUGUACCUGUGCUCUCUCUCUCUCUCUCUCACCUGUACCUGUGCUCUCUCUCUCUCUCUCUCACCUGUACCUGUGCUCUCUCUCUCUCUCUCACUCACCUGUACCUGUACUCUCUCUCUCUCUCUCUCUCUCACUAACCUGUACCUGUGCUCUCUCUCUCUCUCUCUCUCACUCACCUGUACCUGUACUCUCUCUCUCUCUCUCUCUCUCUCUCUCUCACUCACCUGUACCUGUACUCUCUCUCUCUCUCUCUCUCUCUCUCACUCACCUGUACCUGUGCUCUCUCUCUCUCUCUCUCUCUCACCUGUACCUGUGCUCUCUCUCUCUCUCUCUCUCUCUCUCUCACCUGUACCUGUACUCUCUCUCUCUCUCUCUCUCUCUCUCUCUCUCUCUCACUCACCUGUACCUGUACUCUCUCUCUCUCUCUCUCACUCACCUGUACCUGUACUCUCUCUCUCUCUCUCUCUCUCUCUCUCUCACCUGUACCUGUACUCUCUCUCUCUCUCUCUCUCUCUCUCUCUCUCACUCACCUUUACCUCUCUCUCUCUCUCUCUCUCUCUCUCUCUCUCACUCACCUGUACCUGUACUCUCUCUCUCUCUCUCUCUCUCUCACUCACCUGUACCUGUACUCCCUCUCUCUCUCUCUCUCACUCACCUGUACCUGUGCUCUCUCUCUCUCUCUCUCUCUCACUCACCUGUACCUGUACUCUCUCUCUCUCUCUCUCUCUCUCUCUCUCUCUCUCACUCACCUGUACCUGUACUCUCUCUCUCUCUCUCUCUCUCUCCUCUCACUCACCUGUACCUGUCUCUCUCUCUCUCUCUCUCUCUCUCUCUCUCUCUCUCCCUCUCUCUGGAGAUGGCGUGUGAGUGCUGAGAGCGAAUCAAUCUUUGAUUCAACUUUUUUUCUAAUUUCGUUUCUUUUCUUUCUUCUAUCGUCACUGUAUUGAAUGGUCAUUGUUUGGAUUAUUUGUUCAUAACUUUUGGUUAAACAGUUCAGUGUUUUUUGUGUGUUUUCUUCGUGCCUCGUGGCGAGGAUGGCGUCCUCUGAGACGCCACCUCCGCCAGCGUCCCUGAGACACGGCGUGAGGCUGGUGCCACCGCCGGCCUCCUCUGUGGAGCAGGUCCUGUUGGCUGUGGGAGACCAGGUGGGCCACGGUAAUAUCUCAUAUGCCUCCCGCAUGAACAAAGCCGUGGUAGUGUUUCUAAAAGAACAGACACAUGUUACCAAACUUAUUGAGGAUGGAUUAACCCUCAACGAGGAGUUUAUCCAAGUUUCCCCGCUGGCUCUGCCGUCCACGCGGAUCACCGUGUCCGGCGUCCCUCCAUUCAUCCCGAAUGAAGCGCUGGAACGGGAGCUCAAGCGGUUCGGUAAGUUCGCCAGUGGUUUUCGUACUGUUGCUUUGGGAUGUAAAGAUGCUAAGCUAAAGCAUGUUCAGUCUCUGAGGAGACAGGUCUUCAUGUUUUUAGACUCUCCAGCUCAGACACUGGAUGUGUCCUUCCGUGUAAAACACGAGGAAGGUUUUUACAUGGUGUAUGCUAGCUCAGGGAGUAUGAAGUGUUUUGAGUGUGGAGACGUGGGCCAUAAACGUGUCGCUUGUCCUCACCGACAGCACACGGUGAGACCCGCUGAAGAUGACAGCAGGGAGGUGAGCGGUGGGGCCGGUAGGCCGGUGUGGGGCGGUGCUGCGGCCGUCUCGGGUGUGGCGGGUCCGGCGGCGGCUGCCGCGGGUCCCUCGGGCUCGGCGGCGACUGCCGCGGCACCCGUGGGUCCGGCGGCGGCUGCCGCGGGUCCCUCGGGCUCGGCGGCGGCUCCCGUGGGUCCGGCGGCGGCUGCCGCGGGUCCCUCGGGCUCGGCGGCGGCUGCCGCGGCUCCCGUGGGUUCGGCGGCGGCUGCCGCGGGUCCCUCGGGUCCGGCGCCUGCUGCCGUGGGCUCCGUGGGUUCGGCGGCGGCUGCCGCCGGUCCCUCGGGCUCGGCGGUGGCCGCCGCCGGCCCGGUGCGCGGGGCGGCGCUAAAGUCUGUUUUGGGUUUUGGACCUGGAAUGGUGAAAAAUCAGCCCUUGAGUUGUGUGACUGAAGAGUGUGAGGAUGAGAUCAGUGUGGAGCAGGAUGAGGCUCACACAGCAGGGCAGGCGGAGACCUGCGCUCCUGAGCAGGGUGGGGCUGCUGCAGGUGAGCCGAUGCAGGAGGAGGCUGCUGGCACGGCGCAGCAGCUGAGGACUGACUCGGGCUGCUCCAGCUCACAGUCAACAGGCAGUAGGUUUCUCAGAUGCUGAUGUAGACUCUGAUUGUGUCUCUGUAGCAGACAGUGUGUUACUAAAUCCAGACCUAUACUCUCUUGAGGAGGUGACAGAGUUUCUAGAUGACUCCUUUGGGAGAUCAGUGGAGGUCACAGACUAUUUCCCAGAUAUGCAGAAGUUUGUCCGGUCUGUGGACACUCUGCAGAAGGUCGUAGGUAAGGAGUUUUUAUGUAAUAAAAAAAGGUAUCGCCUCAAAAAGCAUGUGUCUAAUGUGAGGAAAAUUCUUAAAGGUAAACAGAUAUUGAAAAAAAGGAAAGUUUCCAAGUAAUCCAGAAUGAUUGUACAAUACCAGGUGUUUUCUCUUUGCUGUGUUGGUCUGUCUUUCCUGCUGCUCUGUCUGUCUUCUCCUCACAUGCAGCCCUUUACAGUUGCAUCUUUAAAUAUUAAUGGGGGUAGAAGUCCACAGAAAAGAGCUCUAGUGUCUGAAAUUAUCAGACAGAAAAAGAUAGAGGUCGUCUUUCUACAAGAAACACACAGUGACAGUGUUAAUGAGACAGACUGGGGAAUUUGGUGGGGGGGGCAGUACGCACUCAGCCAUGGCUCCAAUCGAAGUGCUGGGGUGGGUAUUUUAUUCUCCCCCUCCUUACCGGUAAACAUUUUAUCCAGCUCAGAAAUCAUGGCGGGAAGAGCUUUGAUGGUGAAGGUGGAAAUUCUGGGGUUUGCUUUCACUUUUCUUAAUAUCUAUGCACCCAAUCAAAGCUCUGAACGUUUAGUUUUAUUUAAUUUAUUAAAAAACGUUUUAGGGAACAGCAGCAGUCAGGGAGACUGCAUAAUAAUGGGAGGGGACUGGAACUGCUGUACGGAUGGCACCUUAGACAGGAUAGGGCAGGAGCUCCAGUCCCAAUCAUCCUCUUUCCUGGCUCAGAUGUUGACGGAGUUUAACCUGGUCGACAUCUGGAGGUUAAAACAUCCCACCGAUAAACAGUACACUUGGGUGAGAGUCUCUGACGGCAUGGUCAGUGCAGCCAGACUCGACAGAUUUUAUAUGUCCUCUUCUUUUAGCAGUCGUGCAGCCAGGUGUCAAAUCCAUCCUGUUGGCUUCACAGACCAUCACUUAGUUUUAUUAGAAAUGGUUUUAACCUCUCCUGGAAAGUCCAGGUCUUUCUGGCAUUUUAAUGUUAAGCUUUUACAUGAUUUUAACUUUUGUAAUAAUUUUAAAUUAUUUUGGGCUGAAUGGAGGUCAAGGAAGGAGAAUUUCCCCUCUCUAGGUCAGUGGUGGGAGGUAGGAAAGGGACAGAUUAGGGUGUUCUGCCAGCAGUACACCGCCUACUCCACUGCUGACGUCCGGAGGGCCAUGGACCAACUGGAGGCAGAGAUCGGGGAGCUGGAGGGUGUGCCUGUGGGGAACCCUGAGCAGCUGCUCUCCAAAAAACAGCAGCUGAACUCCUUCCUCCUGGAGAAAGCCAAAGGAGCCCUGGUCCGAGCCCGCUUCACUGCCAUCAAGGACAUUGAUGCACCAACAACCUUCUUUUUUAACCUGGAGAAGUAAGAAGGCCAAAAAAAAACAAAUGGUGUGUCUCAGUCUGCCUGAUGGGGGGUUAACCUCAGACCCCGCUGAGAUGAGGAGGCAUGCAGUGUCCUUUUACUCAGAGCUGUUUCGAGCGGAACAAUGUGAUGGAGAGGCUGCAGCUGAACUCCUGCAGGACCUUCCUCAACUGAGCCCAGCAGAUCGGGAUGCCCUGAGCCUCGACAUUACCAUGGAGGAGCUAACCUCUGCAGUAAAACACAUGGCCUCAGGCAAAGCACCGGGUAUGGACGGGUUACCAGCGGAUUUUUACAAACACUUUUGGAAUACCCUGGGACAUGAUCUUCUGGACGUGUUUCGGGAGUCCUUCCAGAGGGGAACUCUUCCAGCUUCCUGCAGGCGGGCAGUAAUAUCGCUGCUACCCAAGAAGGGGGACCUCACCCUACUUAAAAACUGGAGACCAGUGGCCCUGUUAUGUAGCGACUAUAAAGUACUGUCAAAGGUUUUAGCUAAUAGACUGAAGGUGUUUAUGGAUGGUUUUAUUGGUACUGAUCAGUCCUACUGUGUCCCUGACAGAUCCAUCCUGGACAAUCUGUUUUUAAUGAGAGACAUUUUUGAUGUGUGCAGACUCUAUAAUUUAAAGACUGGUGUACUCUCAAUUGACCAGGAGAAGGCCUUCGAUCGUGUUGAUCACUCCUUUUUAUUUUCCACACUGCAGGCCUUUGGUGUUGGGGAGCACUUCUUGUCCUGGGUGAAGCUGUUGUACACGGGUGCAUGUUGUGUGGUUAAAGUGGGGGGGUGGACUAAGCAGUCCUGUACCAGUGAGCAGAGGCAUCAGGCAGGGCUGCCCCCUCUCUGGUCAGCUGUACAGUGUGGCCAUUGAGCCCCUUCUUUGUCUGCUCAGGAGGCGGUUAAGGGGAUUGUGUCUGCCUGAACCGGCUCAGAGCCGGCCUUUGAUUGUGUCAGCAUAUGCUGAUGAUGUGAAUGUUUUUGUUCAGGGCCAGGAAGAUGUUAAAGAACUUAAGCAUUGCCUGGAUCUGUAUGAGAGGGCUGCAUCAGCCAAAGUAAACUGGGAGAAGAGCGAGGCAGUUUUAGUCGGCCACUGGAGUACAGGAAGCACCCCUAGUCUUCCUGGUGGCCUUAGGUGGGGUAGCAGAGGGCUCAAGGUCUUGGGAGUGUAUUUGGGUAGGGAGGAAACCACUGCUAAAAACUGGGAGGGAGUGCUGGAGAAGGUGAAAGCCAAGUUAUCUAAAUGGAAAUGGUUGCUACCUCAGAUGUCUUACAGGGGAAGAGCUCUGAUCGUCAAUAACCUGGUGGCCUCGUCUCUGUGGCACAGGCUCCAAGUUCUGGACCCUCCACCAAGCCUCAUGGGACAGCUGCAGCGACUCCUGGUGGACUUUUUCUGGUCGGGUCACCAUUGGCUUCGAGCGUCAGUCCUAUACCUUCCUGUGGCAGAGGCAGGGGGGCAGGGCCUGAUAGACAUCGCCUCCAGGACCGCUGCCUUCAGGCUUCAGGCAGCUCAACGUUUCCUGUACGGACCUUCUCACUGCUGGUUGGAUGUAGCUCGGCUGCUGCUCCGGAAGGCUGGGCGGCUUCGCCUCGACAAACAGCUGUUUCUCCUGAAGCCCCCUGCUCUCACCUUCACUGAUCUUACACCUUUCUACAACUCUGUGUUUGUUGCGUGGAGGACUCUGGUUGCCACUCGACCAUCUGACCCCAAGCCUGGGAUGUGGCUGUUUGAGGAGCCACUUUUUGACAAUGACCUUCUCGUUACCACCACGGUUUUAUCUAACACCUUAAAAAGUGUCCUCACUCAAGCUGGAGUAGUUAAGCUUGGACAUCUCACACGAACACCUGUAGAGAGUCUGGCUGACAUGACCGGAGUAAGAUCAACAAGAGUGCUGCUGAACCUGGUGAAGGAGGUGUGGCAGUCUCUGUCGGGGCCCCUCCGGACUUUUGCUCAGGGACGGGGUUUGGCUGAACGUUGGAGAGAGGGCCAAGACUACAUCUUCCCCACCCUGAGUGUGAGUCCUGCAGUGGGAGAAUGGAGGGAGGAGAGUGGACUGUUGCUGACGUUACAGAGACCAGUACUGGGAGCCUUCAGCUCCUGCACAGGGAAGCAGCUGUACCUCAGCUGUGUCAAAGUACUCAACCUGCGCUCCCUCACGGGAGUCAGAGAGUCGAGGUGGACAGAGGUUUUUGGCUCAGACUUUUCCCCUAAUGGCAGCUGGAGGGUCCUGUAUAAGCCUCCUGUUGAGAAACGCACAGCGGAUCUCCAAUGGAGGAUUAUACACGGAACGAUAGCCACAAACAGGUACAGAGCUCACCUUGAUCCGGCCAAUGGGGAGGGAUGUCCAUUCUGCUCCCAGUCAGAGACUGUAGAGCACCUGGUACUGUCCUGUCCCAGACUGGCAGCUCUUUUUAAAGUGGUGCAGGAGUGGGUGGGGGGUUUGGGGGAGGUUUUCUCGUUCCCACUCUUUGUUUUUGGACCCAAAUACACUCCCAAGAAAAAGAAAUCAGUGGUAUUGAUCAACUUUGUUUUUGCGAGUGCUAAAUUAGCCAUCUGGAAGACUCGCAAAAACAAGGUUCUUGGGGUGGACUGGACUGACCCGGUCUGUUGCCUCAAAGGCUUGGUGGCGGCACGUCUCAGGGUUGAGCACACCUUUUAUAAACUGACGGAAAAUUUGGAUGGUUUCAGGGAUGUGUGGGCUAUCGGACAAGUCCUGUGCUCACUGGAGGAAAAUGGCUCCUUAGUGCUGAAUUUCUAAAGGACUGAUUUUUAGUGUGUGUGCUUGUGUGUGUGUGCGUGCGUGCGUGUGUGUGUGUGCGUGCGCGUGUGUGUGUGUAUGUGUGUGUGUGUGUGUGUGUGCGUGUGUUACUAUUUAUUUAUUGUAACCAACAGUACUAAUCUGGUUUUAAGAUUUUGUCAGAAUGGUUCAAAAAUAAAGUUUGUUAAAAGUCAAAAAAAAAAGUCUCUCUCUCUCUCUCUCACUCACCUGUACCUGUACUCUCUCUCUCUCUCUCUCUCUCUCUCUCUCUCUCUCUCUCUCUCUCUCUCUCCUCUCACUCACCUGUACCUGUACUCUCUCUCUCUCUCUCUCUCUCUCUCUCUCUCUCUCUCUCACCUGUAUUUCCUGAACCCUCUCAGGUUUGACUUUGUUUUCAUCUCUGAUCUGAUUUUUCUUCAUGUGAAGAAAGUUUGAUGUUUCUCGGCUUGUUAAAAAAACAUCUAAAAUCUCACUGAAACCAACAACACGUCUGCAUGUCUGACCGUCAGACGGCUUUUUGGUCCAGAGAAACUUCUGCUGUACUUACAACAGCUGACCAGGAGGUGGCAGUGUUCAUCCAAUCCUAUCAUUAACCUGGUGCUUUUAGAAGAAAGGAUCAAACCUGCUGCAGCACCAACCUUAUUCAACCCUCUGUCUGUCUGUCUGUCUGUCUGUUUCUCUGUCUGUCUGUCUGUCUGUCUGUCUGUCAGUGUGGCUGCAGCUCAUCAUGAAUACCUGCAGAGGAGACAGGAGGCGAACCAGUACAAGCAGAGAGCUGAGGAGCAGCUGGUGAGAAGAUCAGAGAAACUCUGAAUUAGUGACCUCUAACCUCUAACCUCAGACAUGAACUUCCUGUAACUCGACCGUAGACUCUCUCUCUCUCUCCCUCUCUGUCUCUCUCUGUCUCAGUUCAUAUUUGGACCAGCUCUCUAAAGUCUCUUGAUCAGGACUCUGCUGUUUUUAAGCAGACUCCAUGGUCGGACUUUGAGUUCAGGGUUUCAGCGGUUUAUUAAAAGCAGGUUUGGUCACAGGAACAUGAGUCAGAACUGUGAACUUCAGAGAAGCUUCAGGAAACCACAACAGGAACAGAGAUGAUAGAAACAGGGUUAGGUGAUGGAGGUGGAGCUGCAGAGGAGACGGAGUCAGUCAGAGACAGAGGAUCACGAAAGACUGAGCAGCUCUGACCUUUGACCUCUCCUCUGUGACCUUCAGGGUCUGCGCCCGUGCACAGCUGAGCGGGUCAGGAGGCCUGGAGGUCAGGGGCGCGAUGGUGGACCACCUGAACCUCAACAUGCAGCUCAGGACCGGAGGCAGGAGGGACAGCAGGUAGGACGGUCAGAGUCACACUGACACCAGGACCAGGUCUAGAGGAAACACCUGACCACGUCUGUGUGUGUGUGUGUGUGUCUGUGUGUGUGUGUGUGUGUGUGUGUGUGUGUGUGUGUGUGUGUGUGUGCAGGAGUAUCUUCGUCAGCUGGAGAUGAUCAGACUGGAGUACCAGGAGGACAUGAAGAAGCAGAUGAAGCAGAGAGCAGAAGAAGAACAGGUACAACCAUGAAGACCCUAAUCCAGACUCUGAGGAGAAGCUCUCAGACUCUCCUUGAUAAUAAUGAAGAUCUCUGAACAUCUGAACUCUUCCAGACUGAUCCAUCAAACAAACAUCUGACCUUUGUGGUGGAGAAACCCAGAGACCCUGAACCAGAACCCACAGAGGAGGGGGGAGACCAGCAGAGAGACCCAGCUGCUCAGGUAAGUCCUCAUCAGAGGACUCCCUGUUGGGAAGAGCCGACUCAGACUCUUCAAAAACUCUCUGCAGGACGUUGAAGCAGCUCUGCAGCAGAUCCGAGACCAGACCAGAGACCAGAGGAGAGCUCUGCAGAGGAACCACAGAGACCAGGUCAGAUCACACCUCCUGAGUCUGCUAAAGAAGCUUCUAGAGCGGAUCAGGAGGAGCUCACGUAGGCCUGCUGUCUUUGAGGAAACAUCUGAGGAGCAAGUUCAAGGUGGUCCUGUCAGAGGGACUCCACAGUCCUGAACCUGGUCAAAAAAAUCAGGUUUUCAUCUCUGUGUUUUUUCUAGAAAGGAAUCAUGUUUGAGAUCCGACUGGAUAAUGAAGGGAUGAAAGAGGAGGUGAAGAAGAAGGAGGAGAAGGAGAAGGAGGAACAGAAAGAGGAGGUGAGUGAUCAUGUGACCUGGAUGUCUCCAGAGCUCUUCUUCUUCUUCUUCUCUCUCAUAUCUGAUCUCCCUGACAGGAAGUGGACCCUCUGAACCGGACCCUGAGCUUCCAGCAGGGCGAGGACUUGAAGAUCAGGGAUUGGUCAGAGGAGGCGAGGAGGGGGUGGAGCCAAAGGACUCCUCGGACUCUGCUGGAGGCGCUUGGCAACAUGGAGGUCAACUCAGCCUUGAACACAGCGGUGGAGACGGAACCAGGAACUGAACCAGGUACUGAACCUUUAAAACCAGGCUCCUGGUCUUAAAGAGGACCCACGUCUUCAGGUCUGAGUCUGUUCGGGUCAGAUCCAUGUCUCUGAUUAACGAGGACUUACAGGAGAGUGUCCUCUUUCUACGCUGACACAGGUAUGGCUCCGCCCCUCUCAGGUGAGGAGGAGGAGGAGGGUCGGCGGCAGUGGGUCGGCGGCCCCCCGGUGACCCUGCUGAAGGUUCUGGCUGAAGCUGAACUCACCUCAUCGACUCUGGACUCUGUGGACGCAGGUCAGACCUCAGGGGGGUCAGGAGAUCAGAGAGAGAAGGAGGAGAAACAGGAGGAGGAGGAGUCUGAUGUGGAGACGGAUGAAGAACGUCUGGAACCACGAUCAGACGACGACGACACGUGAGUUCACACUGAUCCACAACCAGAUCCUAGUCUUUGGAGACCACGUCAGACCACCCCUUUAUCUCCUGUUUGCUCCUCAGAAACUUCGAGGAGUCCGAGGACGAGCUGAGGGAGGCAGUGGCCGACUCCAUGAAGAACCUGUUUGUGAUGGAGGACAGCAGCUCAGACGAGGAGGAGAGGGAGGAUGGAGGAGCAGCAGGAGGUCCAGAUCCUCCUGAGGGUGAAGACCCUGAGAAACAGGUUACAGAAGAACCUUCAGACCAGAACACGUGAGAGGAGACCUUCAGUCAGGAGGUCUGAGAUGGAAAUAAAGGUUCACAGGAGA